GUGAUUUACAAUAUGACAGUGGCAAUGUGGAUAUCAUUCUUAGUACUAAUAAGUGCAUGUCAGUUUCAACAUUCUGAGGCACAGACAACAGAAAAUGUAACAGAAACGGCAGAAAAUGAUUUAACACUGUCGUGUUCUUUGACUGGAACUUUUUCGUUACCAGAAUGGGUAGGACCACCAAACCUGUUAAUUUACACAAGUCUAGGUGAUGUAUCAGAGGCAAUAAAUCCUGCUGCCCCAGCUGCCAGUAGAUUGAAAUUUGCCACUAACAAGAGAGAUCUGGUUCUAUCAAAAGUACAGAAAAGUGAUGCUGGUGUAUAUAAAUGUUCAUAUACAGCAUUGGGAUAUCACACAAUUACAUUAAUUGUUGAGGAUGCACGUAAGUAG